AUGCGCGACGGCCGUUUCAAGGCGCCGAUUGCUUACAACCCCGACUCCGCCGUCUUGGUGCGCAAGGCCACGUUCAUGCGCAACAACAUCAUCGCUGGUUGCCUCGUUGUUGUCAGGCGCUCCGCCGCGGAAAAGAUUUUCAUGGCCAAAUGUCUCUGGCUGACGCCCAAGGUUGAUGAUGCAGCUGACUACCUUCAAGGCUCUCCCAUGGACGCUAUGAUCGGGCGUGGCUGA